AUGGGAGAUGGGGAGGUGGUGGUGGUGGGGGGGGCUGUCAUCCAGCUCCAGCCCGGCUAUCACAAGGCCUCUCCAGCUUUGAGGGCGUUGGCGUCCUGCUCUUCAGGGUCCGACCUAACUGCCCUGGCCCUGGAGACCAUCAGCAUCAUGAGGCCCUUCCUGCCCCAGCUCCUCGUGCCCAUCUCUGCCCUCUCUGUCCUGCUGGGAAAGCAGACCCUCCGACAGGUCAUGCCCAUGGUGUCAAGAUUCUCUAAGGUGCAUCCCCAGGAAGGCCCCCUGCUCUUCUUCAGUAAUGCAGAUCAGUGGGUGGGCAUUUACAUCGAAUACGAGUUCCAGACCCCCAUCAGCACCCUCCAGAAAUCCAGCGUCAUGGCCAAUGGGGAGAAGGCAGAGCUGGUGCUGUAUGAGGUGUGGCUGCAGAUCCUGGACCAAUCCUUCACCAAGGCCUUGAAGGACAAAACCAGCCCUGAGGCCCAGGAACUUCAGGGGAUGCUAACGAGAUGGGUGAGGCGGUGGGUGAAGAGGAGGAAGGAGCAGGAGACUGGAGCCUCGUGGAGGGGACCCGACAAGGCUUUGGUAGAGCUGGGACCCUCUUUGUCCUCUCCUGACCACCAGGUGAUUACUGUCCUCAGACCUCUACAGAGCUUUGGCCAAGUCGUGGUAGAAGGGUUCCAGCUCGGUUCCUUGCUGCACCUGCCUGCCCUGCGUCUGAAGCCUGCCUCCCCUGCCUGCCCUCUCUUCUUCCUGGACUAG